AUGGACGACGAUUUUAGCGGCAUGCGGCGGGCGGCGAUCGUGCCAUCGGUCGACUCGUACAACUUCGAUGGCGGCAGGAACGUCGAAGGUCUCAGCUCGUCCCAGCCGCAGCCAUUCGACAUCUACUUCUACAAAUCGGACGACGCGGCUGGCCUGGGCAAUCGCAACGUGCUCCACGAUCAGCAGGGUAGGCCGGGCACGCCCAUUACGCGCUACACAAAUCUCGACAUCAUCACGGCCAAUGGAGACACCCUCACCGACCAGACCGUAGUGCUGCUGGAGACCCUGGGCGAGGGCACCUUCGCCGACUGCUACAAGGCCGAGUACAACGGGCGCAUCGUCGCCGUGAAGAUCCUCAAGGCCUUCCUGCACUCAUCGAAGCAGCGCGAGGCCUUCGACCGCGAGCUGCACGCCCUGCGUCGCACCGCCGACAGCAAGCUCACGCUCGACCUCAUCGGCUACCGCCCGCAGCCCCACUACUGGCUCAUCACGUCCUACAUGAACGAGGGCACCCUCCACUCCCGCAUCAAGGCCGCCGAGGGCCGACCCCUCCCCCUGCGCGAGGUGCUCGACAUCGGCGUUCAGAUCUCGGCCGCCAUGCAGUACCUCCACGCCCAUCUCCUCAUGCACCGCGACCUCACGCCCUUCAACCUGCUCUUCCACGAGGGCUCCCUGCGCCUGGCCGACUUUGGCGUCACGGUCGACCUCGCCAACCUCGGCGGCGGACCCGACGCCACCGUGCCCGCAUCGCCGCCACUGCUCAGCAGCAGCGUGGCCCACCACUCGUCGUCGCCGUUCUCCUUCGCCGUGCCCUCGUUCCUCUCCCCACCGGCCGCGCUCCCCGAGCAGUACGACAGCGGCUACCUGAUGUCGUCUCAGAUCGUGCCGACAACGCACCCGCUGGGCUUCCGGGGCUUCAGCAGUGUCGGUGCCUUCGGUGGAGGCGACAGCGACAGCGACGAGAUGGCGCUCGACGAGGAGGUCUCCACCACGGAAGACGACGAAGGGUUCGACGGCGAGUGCGUGGAAAUGGGGGACACCGGCGAGGCCAACUACGACCUGGCCUACGACAUGUCGCCCAACGGACAUCCCUACUACCGUGCGCCUGAGGUGAACGAGGGCCGGGCCUACUCGCUGGCGGCGGAGGUAUUCAAUUUUGGGUCGGUGCUCUACGAGUGCAUGACCGGGACCGUGCUCACGGCGCAGGCGCCCCUGGCCGUGGUCGCCACGGGCCUGCGACGAAGCGCCGAGCGCGAGCGACGAGGCAACGGCUUCCCCGACGAGCUGUGGCGACUCCAGACGGCGUGCUGGGACCGAGACCCGAGGAAGAGACCUUCCUUCGACGCCAUUUUGCAGCGGCUGACUGCGCUUCGCGCCAGGCUGCCCUGA